AUGCUGACCACCGGAUUUAGGCGUCAGAUCCUUCUGCAGUUCCGUCGGUAUUGCUCCACUUCAGCUGCUGGAGAAGAGAGACAACCAACUCGACAAGAAAGAUUCGAAGCUCCCAAGGACGUCAAACCUUUGCAACGAACAGCCCUCGGCGAUCAGAAGACUUUCUAUUUGAGGUAUCAAAAGCACAAAAUGAGAUCAUCCGGAGAUAACACCUUGUAAGUUUGUUGAGAAUGUUUUGUUGAGUUUUAGGGCAGUUCGGCUAAUUGGGGGUUAGCGUUUUCAAUCCACGACUGCUUGCCUUUUUGUGGCUUGUGGUUACUUUCACGGCGCUGAAAGAAACGUCAUUUGCAACUUAGACAUUCUUUUCGAUAUUACGGUUUAUUACUGAUAAUGACAACAUUGUUUUCUCAAUUGAAAAUAUCAAUUUGAAUGUAUAUUUGAAGUGGAGUACAGGCUUAGCCAUUUUUAUUUUCAAUUGUUUCAGUGGAGCUUAUAACAAAGGAUUCGGCAGCUACAGCAAUACCUACUCGGGUCCUGGAAAUUAUGGAGGAGCUGCUGGUGGUGGUGGAGGAUUCGGUGUCAGCAACUACGGCGGAGCCCCGCGUGGUUUUGGAUCUGGUGGAUUCCCUGGAGGCAACUUGAGAGAUGUCAGUUACAACACCCAGGAAUUGGCGCCGAUUCAGAAGAACUUUUAUCGUGAAAAUCCCAGAGUGACUGAGAGAUCGGCAGAUGAACUUCAAAGGUGGAUUGAGGAAAACCAGGUAAGAGAUUACGAAGAAUUUGCGAAGUUGGUGGAUUUUUGAAUACAUCUUUGGUGUUUUAGGUCACCUUGUCCGGGAGUUCGAUCCCUCGUCCAGUUUUCAACUUCGAUGAGGCUGGAUUCAACCCUGAAAUCGAGAGGGGUUUGUAUCAGCAUUACCAGACCCCCACUGUUAUCCAGUCCAUUUCUUGGCCUGUUGCCAUGUCUGGCCGUGAUAUUGUGUCGAUCGCCAAAACUGGAAGUGGAAAGACUCUUGGUGUAAGUAUCUGCCCUAUUAUUCGUUCUUUUCUUAUUUAGACGAUCUAAGAUUGCUUGUUUUAGUUCCUUCUCCCGGCCAUCAUGCACAUCCUCAGACAGGAACGCCGCGGACCUCGAGGAGGCCCCGGAGCGCUUGUGAUGCUCCCUACCAGAGAAUUAGCUCAACAAGUGGAGGAAGUAGCUCGUGUCUACUGUCCUAUCAUGGGCUUGGAAGCGACUUGUCUAUUCGGUGGAGCACCAAAAGGCGGACAACAGAAUGAUCUGCGAAGAGGAGUGGACAUUGUUAUUGCCACUCCUGGACGUCUCCUCGAUUUCCUAGAAAGUGGAGUCACCAACAUGAACAGAUGCACUUUCCUUGUCUUGGAUGAAGCUGAUCGUAUGUUGGACAUGGGUUUCGAACCCCAGAUCAGAAAGAUUGUUGGCCAGAUUCGCCCCGACCGUCAAACUCUGAUGUUCUCAGCCACUUGGCCGAAGGAGGUCCGAUCUCUGGCUUCUGAUUUCCAAACCCAACCGGUCUUCUUGAACGUUGGAUCUCUAGAAUUGAGUGCCAAUCAUAAUAUCACUCAAUAUGUCGAAGUCAUUCAUGAGCAUGCUAAACCAAGGAGAUUGUUUGAGGUUUUGACUAGAAUUGCUCAGGAAGUAGGUUUUUUAAUGAAGUAUUUUUUGAGGAUUUCUUGACCUAUUAAUGUUAUUUCUGUUGUAGGAGCAAAACAAAACUCUGAUCUUUGUCCAGACCAAGAGAAAGGCCGAUGAAUUGACCAGUGCCAUGCGCAGAGACGGCUGGCCCGCCCUUUGCAUUCAUGGUGACAAGUCCCAGGGAGAAAGAGACUGGGUCAUGAAUGAGUUCAAGUCUGGCUCAGCUCCCAUUUUGCUGGCCACCGAUGUUGCCUCCAGAGGUCUUGAUGUGAGCGACAUCAAGUUUGUCAUCAACUAUGACUACCCCAACAACUCGGAGGAUUACGUUCACAGAAUUGGCCGUACCGGAAGAAGGGACAACACCGGAACUGCUUACACUUUCUUCACUAUGAACGAUGCGGCCAAGGCCAGAGAUCUGAUCAAGGUUUUGGAAGAGGCCAGCCAAGUUGUUCCCGACGAUCUGAGGAACCUUCAAGGAAGCGGCGGAUUCUCGUCUGGAGGCUAUGGACGUCGUCCCGGGGCUCCAUCUGGUGGAUAUGGAGGAAACAGAGGUUACGGUGGUGGUUAUGGAGGUCGCUACUAG